CUUUCUUCUCACCCGCCAUGCCGCGCAUACUGCCCAUGCCUCUGUGGCCGUCGACAUAACGGUCCGAGCCGCUCUGCGAUGAGACACAUGAAAGGGCGAAACUGCAGUGCUCAUUCAAAAACCGGGUAGGAAAAUCAUGUCUCUAGAGAAGACCUUGCAAGAUGGACACCACGGUCACGGUUUGAUUACGGUUGUGCGACCGUGUCAAAAAGAAAAGGCGCCACUUCUAUUGAUGCCCACUCAUCCACGUCUCGUUACAUUCGAUAUCCUCCAUACCCUCGUAACGCCCCGCUUGCCUAUUCACGUUCAAUACGCGCAGGUGUUCCAGGGAUUUCUUGGAGGCCCAAAUUUUACAGUUGAUCCUCUCGCUGUAAAAUCAGCUUUCAAGAUAUCACUUCGUCAGCUUCAAGCAGAGCGACCAGCGUACAUCGGAGAAGGUGGUAGUGAAGGAUGGUGGCAAGAGGUUGUCAGAAGGACAAUUCUUCGGAGCUGCAAAGUGGAUAAGAACCAGCUCGAAUACAAUCUGCCCCAAAUCACCAGGAACCUCAUUCAUCGAUUUAGUAGCAAGGAAGGUUAUAGGGAAUUUGAGGACGCCUUGCCUACGCUCUACAAACUUCAAGCAAGGAACAUAUUCACAGCUGCCAUUAGUAAUUCCGAUUCAAUAAUGAAGUCGGUUCUCCGAUCACUGAACUUCCCUUCUUUUCUCUCCCCGAUCCUCCUUAGCGAAGAAGAAGGUAUCGAAAAGCCUAAGAAAGAUAUAUUUCUACGAAUUCUGGCCCAUGUGAAUGAUGAACAGCGGACGAAACACCAGCUCGAUGGAUGGAAAGAUAUCACCCCUCGUGAAUGUUUGCAUGUUGGUGAUGAGGUUGUCGCAGACUAUAAUGGAGCGCGUAAUGCCGGAUUCCAAGCGUUACUCUUGGUACGCGAACGUGACGAAGGACAAACACAUCCUCCCGACGAAAAGGAUCUCGUUGGAGUAAGGAAGAUUAGUGGACUCGAGGAAGUCCUAGAGGUUAUCUCUUCGAGAUGAUGCACGGUUUCUACGGGAAGUAUCAUUCAUUGUACCUUGCCGGGAAAUGAUUGGAAGACGAUAGCCAUUCUUCAUGACAAGGAAAGGGGAGAACAAGCCAAGGGCCGUAUAAGAGGAGUUCAAGCACCUGAAGGUUCCAAGAUAACUUCCUCGACGCAGCUAAGAGUUCUGCAUAACGACGUGCCGGAGGGAAUGCUGCGCCCCCCGCCGAGUCAUGAAAACUUCUACGAGAGCUAGCAAUCAGACCGGACCACUCUCUAUUUAUGGCUGGCGAAAGGAAAAGUGCGUCAUUCAGAGUCCUUCCCUAAAAUGACCAUGCAUCUACGAUAAAAGCGAAUCUUCGACCGCAACACUGAGUGCCGAUAGACUAAACACGCAGCUGAUCCUUCUUCAAGGCGAAGUUCGAGCAUAGUACAUCAUGCAGGGCAGGUGACGGGGAAGAAAGACUAGCGGUUAUUGGCGUGUUUUAGUUAUAUAAGAAACGGCCCUACAUUGUCAUAUCUCUUCUGCAAUAUUAUUCCUCUAUAUAAAC